AAAGAAGAAGAGGGCGUUGACAGUUUUCAAAUUUUUAAGCCGACCAAUCCUUUUAAUAAUUAUUUUAAAUUGAUAUUUUUCAAGCAAAAACAAUCAAUUUGUUCUUGAUCAUACACACACAAACCCGCAGUAAUGAGUUUUCUAACAAGAACUGUCCUUGGUUUAUCACUGCUCUGUAUUUUUAUCGAUAUAUGUUACGGAAUCAAAUGUUGGGACUGCAGAUCUGAUGCCGAUUCCAAAUGCUCAGAUCCCUUUGACAAUACUACGUUCGCAAUAACAGAUUGCGAUCAGAUCAAGCCGAUAUCCUAUAUUUAUGACAAGUACGAUAUUCGAACGCAGAAAAGCACGAUAUGCCGAAAAAUUAGGCAAAAAGUUAAUGGAGUAUGGAAGUAUUUCAGAAGUUGUGCCUUCUUAGGAGAAGUAGGAUUGAAAGGAGAUGAAAGGUUUUGUCUAAUGAGAACCGGUACGUACAAUAUCUUUAUGGAAUAUUGUACAUGUAACAGUAAGGAUGGUUGUAAUACGUCAUCCCACGUAAGUAAUUCUAAAAGGUUACUUAUUUUUUCUGUAAUAACGCUGUAUAUUUUAUAUAAAACUUUGUGAUUAAUUAAAUAAGUUUAGUGAUUAAUUGAAUAAGUGUACAUAUCUAGCUUAAUUGAUUUUUAAGAUGCCUUAUUAGUAUAUUAGAUCUGACACCAAACUGUAUUAUUCUGAUAUUAUGUGAUCAAAAAGUUUAAAAUAUCCAGUUGACUUUGAUUUAAGACAGUUAAAAAAUACUAAUACCAUUUUCCAAUUGUUUUUCUGUCAUCAUACAAAGGAAGUUUGACAUAAAACUUUUUGAUCAUACUGUAUAAUAUAAUGUAAUGUAAUGACUGAUAAUGUAAGAGCUAUAUCCGUCCAUUUUUAUACUUAUAUUUUAUACAUAUACACCUGAAAUAAA